CCUUCCUCCACCGACUCAUCCAUUGCUGUGAAGCUCUGAAUAACCAGGAUGCCUGAACCCGCCAAGUCCGCCCCCAAGAAGGGCUCCAAGAAAGCUGUGACCAAGACCGCAGGCAAGGGCGGCAAGAAGAAGAGGAAGACCAGGAGGGAGAGCUACGCCAUCUACGUGUACAAGGUGCUCAAGCAGGUGCACCCCGACACCGGCAUCUCCUCCAAGGCCAUGAGCAUCAUGAACUCCUUCGUCAACGACAUCUUUGAGCGCAUCGCUGCCGAGGCGUCUCGUCUGGCUCACUACAACAAGCGCUCCACCAUCACCUCCAGGGAGAUCCAGACCGCCGUGCGUCUCCUGCUGCCCGGGGAGCUGGCUAAGCACGCCGUGUCCGAGGGCACCAAGGCCGUCACCAAGUACACCAGCUCCAAGUAAACAGCGCAGCUGCUGCACUCACUCAAUACAACGGCUCUUUUAAGAGCCACUCACGUCAUCUCAAGACAAACUCUCAACACACAUCACACCUCAUCAUCAUCAUCACCAUCACUCUCAUUACUGCAACACAUCUUGCAGCUCACACACAAUAACAGCUGCAGCACUUUAUUCACUCUUUACAAGUGUGGAAGGGAAGGAAACAAGAGGGUAGCAGUAGGACUCAGGUCAGGGAGCAGGGUCUAUCAAAGAGGCGGGAAACGCUCCAUGAAUCUACAUUCAGUGUUUCACUGGAUUGAAACAUCAUUUCUACAUCAUUUUACCCACUGCUCCUUCAGUACGGCCAACACCCAGGCCUCCUAGUGAAACUCUUGCUGUUUGUGGACUGCAGACCAGCUGUUUAGUUCAUGUGUUGUAAAUAAAUGUAUAUUGUGGAACAGCAGUCUCUGGUCCCAGUGUAUUCUGGGAGUGUGAAGUUUCACCAGGUCACACAAGGAAGUUAGAAAACUAACAUGUAAGUGAACAGUGUACACACACACACACACACACACACACACACACGCACACACACA